GGAAAGUUAUACAAAAAUUACGUCACUGGUAACAUGCUGAUUUUGUGUGAGAAAUGCUUGCUUGUUGAAAAAUUGUACGCAACGAUUGGCCAUAUGCAUGUUACGUCAUAAAUCUAUUUGAGGAGCCUAAAAGUCAGUCAAAAUAUAGAACAAAAUUCUCUGUUAGGCUGCGUGGCUGCGUGUGUGAAAUGAUUCUUGAUUCUUAUUGUUGGAGAGGGAUCAUCGGAUGGGGGCGUGGGAUGAAUAAUAUAGGUGGAUUAUUUCGCUGCUCGGUUGGACUUACAUGAUUAAUUUCACAGUUCCAAAAUUAGGUCAUUAUUACAUUACCUAAUGGUUCAAGGCUGAGACUGAAUUUGUAGGUAGAUAGUGGCUAGAUUUUCAAGGGUCCCAGCAUGGACCCGACAACAAUGGUGAAGAAGCUGCUGCUGUCGCCGGAGCGGAUCGUCUGCUGCCUGGAGGCGCGGCUGGCCGGCCCGCCCGGUCUGGGGCCGGGCGCGCGCCGCAUCCUGGCGCUCGUGCAGCACGCCGACGGCCGGCAGCGCGCGCUCUUCGUGCUGGCCCACUCAGUGGCUGGAGGCACGGAGGUGGAUAUCGAGACCGUGCUGCCCGUCACCAACGACUUCAUCUGUGGCAUCGACACAAACGGCCUGGACGAGUCUGACUCGCACCUAUACGUCCGUCUCAAGUCUCCCGGCGGCGAGCCUGUGACGUUCGCCUUCCCGCAGGGAGACAUCACAAACUCGUUCGUCGAACAGAUCAUGAUGUCCAUCGAAGCGGCGUUGGGCGGUGACCACCAGUUCAGCUGGGUGCAGCAGUACCGGGAGAGGGCGUCCCGGGCCUCGGACAAGGAGCCGUCCCAGCCGAACCAGCAGACCAGAGCACACUCGUCUCAUGCACAGUCUUCAGAGCUGGAUGCUGGUCCGCGGCGGGCCUUCUCGGCGGGCGCCCCGGCCACCACGCGCGAGACCCAGGUCAAGUUUGAGAUGAGUCGGAAGGAGGAGGCCUACACAGACAUACACCAGUUGAGAGUGCUGUGCGCCACGUGGAACGUGAACGGCCAGUCGCCUUCACCGGACGAGCCCGUGUCCGACUGGCUGGCUUCGACCGCCGAGCCGCCGGACAUUUACGCCAUCGGCUUCCAGGAGCUGGACCUCAGCAAGGAGGCCUUCCUGUUCACCGAGUCGCCCAAGGAGGACGAGUGGCUGACGAUGGUGCUGACCAACCUCCACCCACGCGCCUCCUACCGGCGUGUGCGGCUCGUCCGGCUGGUCGGUAUGAUGCUGAUCGUCCUCGUGCAGGAGCGGCACGCCGCCUACGUGAGAAAUGUGGCUGCCGAGUGCGUCGGGACAGGCAUCAUGGGAAAGAUGGGCAACAAGGGCGGCGUGGCCGUGCGGCUGGAGGUGCAUUCGACGUCCAUGUGUUUCGUAAGUGCCCACCUGGCCGCCCAUGUGGAGGAGUACGAACGCCGGAACCAGGACUACGCCGACAUAUGUCACAGAAUGCGCUUCAACGCGCUCGUCUCGCCAAAGGCCAUCAAGGACCACGAUCAGGUGUUUUGGCUUGGAGACCUCAACUACCGAAUCACUGACGUGGACGUCGACAAGGUCAAAGAGAUGAUCGAACGGGGAGCCAUGGAAAAGGUGAUGGAAGCGGACCAGCUGCGGCUCCAGAUGGCAGCCAGGCGGGUGUUUGACGGCUACCACGAGGGCACGGUAACCUUCCGGCCCACGUACAAGUACGACCCCGGAACGGACCUCUGGGACUCCAGUGAAAAGAACCGCGCGCCGGCCUGGUGUGACCGCGUGCUGUGGAAGGGCGAGCGAAUACGACAGCUGCACUACACCAGCCACCCGAGUCUGAGGCUCAGCGACCACAAACCCGUCACGGCACUCUUCGAGACAGGGGUGAAGGUGAUCGAUCCGACCAAGUACCGUAAGAUUUACGAGGACAUUAUGAAGGAGCUGGAUAAGUACGAGAACGACUCUCUGCCGCAAGUGUCGGUGGACACGACCGAGCUCAUCUUCGGCACGGUGCACUUCUUCGAGACCAAGACGCAGACGCUGACCAUCACCAACACUGGAAAGGUGGCGGUACAGUAUCGGUUCAUCAACAAACUGAACGACACCACGUACUGCAAACAGUGGCUGACGGUGGACCCGCACUUCUCAGUCAUCAUGCCGGGUGAGCGAUGUGAGGUCUCCCUGGAGGUCCGAGUGGACGACCGGACGGCGUCCAAGCUGAACACGUGCCAAGAGAAGCUGUAUGACAUCCUCGUACUGCACCUGGAGAAGGGCAAGGACAUCUUCAUCACCGUCCAGGGUGACUACGUUCGCAGCUGUUUCGGCGUCUCCAUCAACGCCCUGGUGCACAUCAAAACGCCGUUCGCCGAAGUGCCCGUCUCACGGCUCCUGGACCUGGAGAGCGCGUCGCCGAAGGAGCUGACGCACAACCCGUACGUCAUCCCCAAGGAGUUGUGGUUCCUGGUGGACCAGCUGCAGAAGCAGGGUAUCGGCAAGGACCUGUUUGGUCAGAGUGGUCUGCCGGCCGAGAUCUGCCGCAUCAGGGAGGCGCUGGACACCACGCUGCCCGAGACACUACCUGGCAGCAUCCACUCGGUGGCCGAGGCGCUACUGCUGUUCCUUGCCAGUCUGCCGGAGCCGGUCAUACCCAACAGCUACGUGGUGCAGUGUAUGGAGAGCUCCGACAACUUCAUACAGUCCAAACACAUCGUGUCGCAGCUGCCGCCGCACCAUAAGAACGUGUUCACGUACAUCUGCACCUUCCUGCGAGAGGUGGUGGACAAGACGCCGCCUGACCGCGGCGGUCUGGAGCCCACCACACUCGCGAAAAUAUUCGGCGGUGUUCUGAUCCGAAACCCGAGCGCUGCGUGGCAGCAGCGGAACAACAUGUCGCUGGAGACGCUGGAUCGGCGGAAAACCACCUUCGUCUACCACUUCCUAGUCAACGAGAUCGACAUCUGAGCGCGCUGUCCAACCGGCAGGGCUGUGUCGUCUGCGUGCGAGCGUCAGCGGUGGCAAAAGGCAGGUAGUGGGCCAGACAGGGCGGACCGUGGGCUAGAGUAGCGGGCCGCUGGCUUAUCACUCGGUGAUCUGACCGAUGGUUUUGAUCGGAGGUCUCUCUGCCGCCAAGACCGGCGCCAUCGCCCGGCCUUCAGACCUGAAAGCUGAUGGUUUAGAAAGGAAGGUUAUCGGCUGAUUACGGUACGGUUCCUGUCCUAGAUGAAUUGGGUGCCCCUCCCAGGGUAAAACAGAUAAGGUAUGCACUGUUAUGUUUUGUUGAUCGGCCAAUCUCGGUGAAUACUCCGUCUAUCCUUGAUUUGUUAUGUUUUAGUAUCUUGAAUGAUGUUAUUAUGUGCUACCUCGUUAUUGUGUAUCGUUAAACACCUAUGUUUCUGCUGUCAGGUAUGUUAGAAGGGAUCUGACUUUCUCCAGAUUUGUUAUUUUAACCACUUCAUUCCAAUAAUUGAGACGCACUGCACUUCCUAAUUGACUGUCUGAUUCUAGGUAUGAAUGGGAGUGUACGCAUUGUUUGUUGAUGUUCUGCGUGAGAGAAUUAACGCGCUGCCGUGGCCGUCAGGGCAGCCUGACUGGCCGUCUGUGGCUAUAUCUUACAUUGAUAAUUGAUAUGAUCGUGGUGUUUUGUGUAUAGUUGCUAACUCUGCCCAAUGUGACGGAUACAGUCUGGUUGGUAUGAAUUGCUUUGUUGAUGUUGAUUGUCAGCAGACCCGACGCACUAUUAAACCGUGCCGAAUCGUCAAACACCGGUAUGCGGUCCCUGUUUCCCCUGCACAGGCUGGUCAUGCUCUCUCACUGCACACACUGCACACACAGCACACACACACACACACACAAACGGUGAACGCUUGCUGAUCCUUAAUCGUGACGAUUUAAACACGCGGCGAGAGCCCCGACGUGUCAUGUACGCCGUACAGUACUGCCUUCUUCCGAUGACUGGUGUCCCUUGAAGUGCUUGGGGUCCCUUUUCAGUAUUACCACGAAUUCGCGAAGGAGUGUGGCAUGGGCCCAGUGUUGUCUGGUUCUGUAAUCUGUUCGUGUUGUGCUGCGUCGUCUGGGUUCAUUGCUAGGGAUUGUUGUAAGCUUGGUUGAAGAGCUCGUCAUUUGCCUAAAAUGAAGGUCAGAUUUAUAUAAUUGAUGCCAGUAAGUUUGUCACUACCUAUAUGAUAGGCUGGUUAUCUGGGCAAGCAAUGCCAUCUUAAAUUUGAGCAAAUUGAGUAUGCUGCAUCUACGAAUAUAGUCCCAACUGAUGUAGCUUCAGAAUCAAAUUAUGGUCGUUCAGUAUCACUGGGUUGUAAAACCACAAUGUUUAUCUGGAUAAUUGGUGCUACGACUUAAAGUGAAUAUUAUUUAUUUUUUAGACUGAUUUUAGUAUGAUGCGAGUUGUGUAUGUUUAAGUCUAAAGAGACGUUCACUCUCCAGACUGAUUUUCAAAUUACGAGCGGUGAAUACUUAUUAUGGGGCGGUGAUUGUUAACAUCGAACGGAACCGUGCGUGUCAUGUACUGGGUGUCCUGUCUGGCAGCGGGUCAGCUCUGUGUCGAGGUCGGCUGCUGGUGUCACAGGGCAGGACAGGUCGGCUGCUAGGUCACGGGGUGGGACGGGCGGACUUUUGGAGCCACUAUUUUUGUACGAGUCUGGUCGUGCAGUGGCGAUGCUGUAGCCUGGAUCGUAUCGGGUUCUGUGUGGUUCUGUGGACUUCGAGUGGUGCCUGCCGAGGCGGAGCUGGUUGUAGUGAUUCCUGAGGGAUUGCUUAGUAUGAUCAGACACCGUCCUGCUUGAGGGGCUGACGGUAUUGUUAGGACGGAACGGGACAGGGUAACAGCUGUUCUGGCUAGUUCGCUCUGUGUGUGCCUCUGGUAGACAGCUAAGGCUUGAGGGGUUUGUUGCUAGGCUUCUGUGACUUGUGGACAUUACUCCUGUGAGGGGUGAAAAUGCUGAACCUCGGACGGUGUGGCGUUGUACUCGACUGCGUAUGUCGGGCCCAUUGUGUUGUUCUGUUCCCCUCCCUCACACCUUUGUUAGCUGUGCUUGUCGUCUUCCUGUCCUUAGGACUAUAAUGUGGACUGUCAUUCCUUCCUGUCCUGUUCACGGCACACACUGUACUGUGGUUCAUUCCUCCAUCUGGGGCGUUCUUCGUCUGACGAAGAAUUCGCAUCCACCUCGGCUUACCGUCCCAUCCUCAUCUCGUCUGGCUCAUGCCAUGGGAUGUGACCUUAGCUGACCCAUAUCGUGACCUUUGACCUCCACUGGCCGGUCAUAGAGCUUAGGGAGUGUCUCUGUUAACUGUUUUACCGUCAUAUCUCAUUGCACAAAUAUCCCUCACCUCGCCACUCAUACUGUUCUCAAACAUUACCUGUUAAAUAUGACCGGUCGCUAACAAAGUUGACUCCAGAGCCCUAUCGACUCGCCCCGCCCUCUGACUCCGAUAUACCGACUCAGCCGACUCACAGUCAACUCAGGCACACCACUCAGACCCGACUCACACAGCACCAGUCCCUGCAUCAGCGCCAGUCCCAGCACCAGCGCCAGCGCCGUCGUCACCGCACUGGGUGUCUCGCCGCCCGGCCGGUCGUCGUUUCUGUUGUCUGACACGCCCGAUAGAUGGCAGGCCGGUAGCCCAACCCGCCCGUGACUGUGAGGAUGAUUGUAGUCUCCCAGCCCUGUUGCACUCGGCUGUAUCGAUUGAUGUUGAGUGCUCGGUACAUGAUUGAUAAACAACGAUGUUGGCCGCUCGAACUUGGAGGCCUGGCGGGUCAUAUCAGCUCGGACUGCCUCCACCUGACUGACCCGGGGUCAAGGUCACGUCGGAGAGUCAUGAUCGUGAUCGCUAGACUGCCUGGAGUGAUUUGACGAUCAAUAAAAUGUAUUGUCACAUA